AUGGCCGAUAACACUGAGCGUGACAAGUUACCCGCAGUGUGGAAUGAUACCGAACCAGACGACCCACCAUUAGAACCCUCUAUGGACCAGCUUGAUGACGAUGAUCCAGUUAUCUCCUAUAUCGCAGGAGAACCAGUUAUUGGGAUAUUUGAACCCAUCAGGAAGGAAUCGCCUUUGACGAAUGAAGAGACUGAGAUUGCAGUCUUCACGAUACAAAGAGGCCCCACCAUUGGAAGGAUGACGCACAGUACUCAAUUCCCAUUAUUCUGUAAUGCACAGAAUAUGGUCUUUUAUAAACCAUCCGGUAAAUCACAGGAAUUGGCACAACAGGCACACAAGGAAGCAUCAGCUGCAGACAAACCCAAAACCAUUGAGGAGUUGGUCCCCGACUACCUUCAUAAUUUGAAGUCGGUCUUUGAAAAGAAGGCAGCUGAACGCUUUCCAGAAACCAGGCCUUGGGACCAUGCCAUUGACUUGAAACCCGAGUUUGUUCCACAUGACUGUAAAGUCUAUCCGUUAUCACUCAAGGAACAAGGAGCAAUGGAUGACUUUUUAGAAGAAAAUCUGCAGAAAGGAUACAUUCGACCAUCAAAAUCCCCCAUGGCCUCACCAUUCUUCUUCGUUGGAAAGAAAGAUGGAGCACUACGUCCCUGUCAGGACUACCGAUACCUGAAUGAAGGGACAGUGAAGAAUGCCUACCUCCUUCUGCUCAUUUCUGAGCUCAUAGAUCAACUCAAGGAUGGUGACCAAUGGAAGGGCACGUUUAAGACAAACCGCGGACUUUUCGAACCUAUGGUCAUGUUCUUUGGACUCUGCAACUCCCCGGCAACUUUCCAAAUGAUGAUGAACGCACUCUUCGAGGACAUGAUCGAUGAAGGAUGGAUAGUCAUUCACAUGGAUGAUAUCCUCAUCUUCUCGAAAAAUUUGGCAGAACAUCAUGUUCGAACCCGACGCGUACUCCAACGAUUCAAAGACAACGACCUAUUCCUUAAACCGGAAAAGUGUUUCUUUGACGUUAAGGAAGUCGAAUUCCUAGGCAUGAUCAUUCGAGAAAACUACAUCGGCAUGGACCCUAUCAAACUUAAAGGAAUUGCAGAAUGGCCUGAACCAAGCACGGUAAAAGGUGUUCGCUCUUUCCUCGGGUUUGGAAACUUCUACCGGAAAUUCAUUGUCAACUUCUCGGAUAUUGCCAAACCAUUGACGAACCUUAUGUGUACUGCUGCUGGAUCUCCACCUUUUGGAUGGACAACAGAAUGUCAGACAGCUUUUGAUACAUUGAAACAAUGA